AUGUGCAGCAACAGCCAAUCAGAAAUCACAAAACCAAAAGAGAAAAUCCCAAAUCAUCCACUAUUUUUUCUUUCCCAGUUGCAGCCUCCACGCUUGAAAAUUGGAGGAGGCCAAUUAUUUUGUACACACCAAUUCCUCCAAAUAUUUCAUAAAAAACAAUACCAAACCCAAGGCCAAAGGAGGCCACACGCCCAUCCUUCUUCCUCUCUCCCUUUCCUUUACUCCAAUCCUAAUUCCUUCAACUCCCCAUUAAGCCUCUCUUCCUGUCCUCCUCUCCUCCAUUACGAAUUUUUCUUCCCCUAUGGCUGUUUCGAGCGGUUUUGCUACCACUUUGGCUGGUGCGAAGAUGGAGACUUUGUUGCUUAAUUCUACGUCUUCAUCUUCUUCUUCAUCUGGGUCGUCUUCUUCGUUGAGGGCCCAUUUGGUUUCGCCUUCGCAGAUACGAGUUUUUUGCAGGCCGGCUCGUUACAAUUGUAGGAGGAUUUUAAUGCAGAGAGGAGGGGUGAGAUGCGAGGUUUCUGCUUCAACGGAUGCUGUGGUUGAGACCGACUCCAAUAUCGAUCCGGCUAAGGUUUCAAGUUUGUCCGCCCUUGAACAGCUCAAGACCUCUGCCGCUGAUAGAUAUACAAAGGAAAGGGCUAGCAUUGUGGUCAUUGGGCUUAGUGUUCACACUGCACCAGUAGAAAUGCGUGAAAAACUUGCCAUUCCUGAAGCUGAAUGGCCUCGAGCUAUUGGGGAGUUGUGUGGUUUAAAUCAUAUAGAAGAGGCUGCAGUUCUUAGCACCUGCAAUAGAAUGGAGAUAUAUGUUGUGGCACUAUCUCAGCAUCGUGGGGUCAAAGAAGUUACUGAAUGGAUGUCAAAGACAAGUGGCAUCCCUGUUUCAGAAAUUUGUGAGCACCGGUUUUUGCUCUACAACAAAGAUGCUACACAGCAUCUCUUCGAAGUAUCUGCAGGUCUUGACUCACUUGUUCUGGGAGAAGGUCAAAUUCUUGCUCAGGUUAAACAAGUUGUCAAAGUUGGCCAAGGAGUUGUUGGCUUUGGAAGGAACAUUAGUGGGCUCUUUAAACAUGCAAUAUCUGUUGGAAAGCGGGUUAGGACCGAGACAAAUAUUGCUGCGGGGGCUGUUUCUGUAAGCUCUGCAGCUGUUGAAUUGGCUUUGAUGAAGCUUCCUGAAUCUUCACAUGCUACAGCCAGAAUGUUGGUGAUUGGAGCUGGCAAGAUGGGGAAGCUUGUGAUCAAACACUUGGUGGCAAAGGGUUGCACAAAGAUGGUUGUCGUAAACAGAAGUGAGGAGAGAGUUGCAACUAUACGUGAAGAGCUGAAGGAUGCUGAGAUUAUUUACAAACCCCUGGAUGAGAUGCUAAAUUGUGCUGCUGAAGCUGAUGUUAUUUUCACUAGCACAGCGUCAGACACUCCAUUGUUUUUGAAAGAAGACAUUAAAGAUCUUCCUUCUGUUGGUUCAGAGUUUGGGGGUUUGAGGUUAUUUAUAGAUAUCUCUGUUCCAAGGAAUGUGGGUUCAUGUGUCAAUGGUGUUGAAAAUGCACGAGUUUACAAUGUUGAUGAUCUCAAGGAGGUCGUGGCUGCUAAUAAAGAAGAUCGUCUCCGAAAAGCAAUGGAAGCUCAGGCAAUCAUUGCUGAAGAAUCAAAGCAAUUUGAAGCUUGGAGGGAUUCAUUGGAGACUGUUCCUACCAUCAAGAAAUUGAGAGCUUAUGCUGAAAGAAUCAGAGCUGCAGAGCUAGAUAAAUGCCUUUCAAAAAUGGGUGAGGAUAUCCCGAAGAAAACAAGGAGAGCCGUGGAUGAUCUUAGCCGUGGUAUAGUUAACAAGCUCCUUCAUGGUCCAAUGCAGCACCUGAGAUGUGAUGGGAGUGACAGCCGAACUCUAAGUGAGACCCUUGAGAACAUGCAUGCUCUUAACAGAAUGUUCAGCCUUGAGACAGAAGUAGCAGUGCUGGAACAAAAGCUUCGAGCCAAAACCAGUCAGAAGUUACACAUGAGGAAUAAUGAGGUGAGCUUAAUUCAUGUACCGAUCUGGGUAUGGACAUGAAGUCUGAAGAUCACACGAAGAACAAUGAGUUUAUGGCUUGUAUAAGUAAUACUGUUUAUUGCUGUAAUUACUUUAUUAUUUCAAUAUAGAGAUGUGCUUUUGUUGCGAAUA